UGUGUGCGGUGACCUGGCAGGACCUGGCAGGGCAGCGGUUGGUGAGGUGAGAGAUGGAGGCGCGCGAGGCGGAGACCAACGGUCGUCGGGAGCUCGAGCAGCCGGAGCUCGAGGAGGAGGAGGAGGAGGGGGAGCAGCCGCGGGGCCACGAUGGCGGCGGCGGCGGCGGCGGCGGGUUCACACUGGACGACGUGCUGCAGCUCGGAGGGACUAAGACUGACUAUGUUAUGCUGUCUGGAGUGGAUGAGACUGCAGAGCUAAUUGAUGGUGACAAAAAGGGUACAAUAGAUGAUCUAAAAGAAGGUGAAUUGGAAGCUUUCAUAAAUAACCUAGGCAUAAGAAAAUAUUCAAGUCUGCUAGGAGAAAAAGACGAAGAACAUACUCAGACGGAAAAAGUUAAAAAGAAAAAAGAGAAGAAACCUAAGAAGACUGAAAAUGAGGGACACAAAGAGACAUCCCAAGUUGGGAAAGGUAAAAAGGAGUUGCCAAACAACGAACAAAAGAAAAAGCUUAUUCAGAGUAAAGAAGUACCCAAAACAUCUGGAUUACCUGGCAAGAAAGGAAAACAACAGGACAUAUUUGAGUUCCAUCCCAAACCUUAUUUACUGAUAAAACCUGGAGGAAAGUGGUAUGAUAUGGAUUAUGCUCAAGAGUACAGUUCUGAGCCACAAAAUGAAACUGUGGUCAAACAGUACAGGGAUUUAGCUAAACAGCUAUAUCAACAUGAGACUGAUCUUUACAAGAAUAAGAAAGGUAACAAAAAUUCAGCAAACUCAACAUGGAUGAAAACUGUUGUCACAACAGGAACUUUGGCUGACAGAAUGGCAGCCAUGACCCUUUUAAUCCAAGAUACUCCAGUGCACACUAUGCACUUUGUGGAAACAUUAGUCAGUUUGGUCAAAAAGAGAGGCAGCCGACAGCAGUGUCUAAUUGGCUUGAGUACUUUGAAGGAACUCCUUAUCUCUGAUCUUCUCCCAGACAACCGGAAACUCCAGACUUUCUCUCAACAUCCCUUUGAAAAUAUAGAGAAGCUUGCCAGUGGAAACAGGGAUGCCCGAGACAAACGUCUUUUAUUGUGGUAUUUUGAACACCUUUUGAAACAUCAAGUUGCUGAGUUUGUGCAGUCGCUGGAAACUAUGGCUCAUGACACUGUCGCAGAAACAAAAGCCCGUGCCUUGGCUGCAGCUCAUGAGCUAUUGUGCAAUAAGCCAGAGCAAGAAAGAGCCCUGCUGAUUCAAAUAGUGAAUAAGAUGGGGGAUCCACAAUACAAAAUGGCUACCCGGGCCUCCUAUCUAUUGGAGACUCUGCUUUUUAAACAUCCCAAUAUGAAAACCGUUGUGUGUUAUGAAGUUGAAAGACUCCUAUAUAGACCUAACAUCAGCCCAAAAGCCCAGUACUAUGCUAUUUGCUUUCUUAGCCAAAUAGUCUUGAGCCACGAAGAGAAUGAUCUUGCUGGCAAGCUAAUAACAAUUUACUUUUCAUUUUUCCGUGCUUGUGUUAAAAAGCAGGAAGCAAACUCUAAAAUGCUCAGUGCUGUAUUAUCAGGUGUCAAUCGAGCUUUUCCUUAUUCCAACAUGAGUGAUGAAAAGAUAAUGGAACAAUUGGAUACCCUAUUCAAGGUUGUGCAUGUUGUGAACUUCAGUACAAGCGUCCAAGCACUCAUGCUACUGUUUCAGGUGAUGGACUCACAGCAAGCCAUAUCUGAUCGGUAUUAUGUAGUGCUAUACAGGAAACUGCUAGAUCCAGGACUGGCACAGUGUUCCAAGCAAGCCAUGUUUUUAAAUUUGCUUUAUAAGUCUUUGAAGUCCGACGUUGUGCUUCGUCGCAUUAAGGCAUUUGUAAAGCGGAUUCUGCAGGUCACUUGUGGCCAACCCCCACCAUUUAUAUGUGGAGCCCUUUAUCUUGUUUCUGAGAUCCUAAAACAGAAGCCAGGUCUAAAAGUCCUUUUGGAAGAACAUGAGGCUUCAGACGAUGAAGAAUGUUUUAAAGAUGUUGAGGAGGAAGAGCAAUUUAAAGAUCUUGAUGAAGAGAAAAUGCACAAGAUCUCAACAGACAACGGAACUGAUGAAAAGUUUGCAGAUAUUGACAAAGAAAAAGAAUUGGGCUCUCAGAAUGCUGCAGUCAUUGCUGGGAAAACAAAAUCAAAAGUAUCUGGGUCAUGGUUACACCACCAGAAUCAGGAAGGUGGAAAGUGUCUGGAGACCUACGACCCACUCCACAGGAAUCCCCUCUUUUGCGCAGCAGACAGAUCUAGCCUUUGGGAAUUAAAGCAGCUGAGUGAACAUUUUCAUCCAUCUGUGGCACUUUUUGCAACUACUAUUCUCCAGGGUGACCAAAUCCAGUAUUCAGGUGACCCUCUGCAGGACUUUACAUUAAUGAGAUUUCUUGAUCGUUUUGUAUACAGAAAUCCCAAACAAUACAAAGGCAAAGAAAAUACUCACAACGUUGUAAUGCAGCCGAAACAGAAAUUUCAAAUGAGUAAUGUGCGUAAUCUGCCAGUGAAUAGUCAAGAAUUUAUUGACCGGGACGAGAGCCAGAUCCCAGUAAAUGAAGUCUUUUUCCAUAGAUAUUACAGAAAAAUUGAAUCAUUGCGGAAAUUACGAAGACCCCGUGGGCAAAAUGUUGAAGAUGUGGAUGAUGAUGAGUUUGAGAAGGCGCUUGAUUCAUAUGAAGGAGACCGUUAUUUUCAAACUUUGAUUGAUAAUGACUUGGACUUUGCGAGUAACAUGAAUACAAAAACAUCAAAAGAUCGUAAGGGAAUAGAAGAGCUAUCAGAUUUAGACGAAGAUGAUCUGGGUGACCUGGAUGAUGAAGAAGUGUCAUUAUCAAGCUUGGAUGAGGAAGACUUUGGGGAUGAGGUCGGAAAAGAAGGGGGAGCAUUCUUCCAAGAUUCAAAUGAAGAUGUUGACAGCGAAGCAGAGACAAGCAAAAGUUCCAAGAAGUCUGGGAAAAGGAAAAGAGAUGAAAUUGAUUUUGCCAAAUCUUUUGGAGGAAAGAAACUGAAAAGGGGUUCUAAGGACAGUGGUGACAUGUUUGCUGCAGCAGAGGAGUUUGGCUAUCUACUGGAUGAAAAUGCAGGAUCAAAGUUUGACAAUAUUGGCUUAAAUGCAAUGGCAAACAAAGAUAAAGCACAUAUGAAACAGCUACAGUGGGAAUCUGAUCGUGAUGCUUGGGUCAGAGGCAAAGAUAGUCAAACUUUACGCAAACAGAAGAAACGCUUCAAAGGCAAGAAACUGCAAAACAAACGUAAAGGAUUCAAAAAGCAGAAAUAAUGGAAGAGCGUUCAAUCAUUUUUAUAAAAUGGACAGCGCUCUUUACUGGCAUCACAAUUUGCAGUUUUAUAUACAUAUUGAAUAAAGAAUAAAAGCUAACUUUGUACUUGCA